AGAAUGCUCUUGUGUCUAAAUCUAAGCAAAAAGCGUAGCCAUGGGGCUCGGGUCAAAUAUUCUGAAUUACUUUCAUUGUAAUUUUACUGUACUCCCUGCUUAUCUGUGCAGGAUUCAUCUAGUGGAUUCCUGAACAGAGGAUAAUACCAAGCCCUGGGUUUUGGGCCUUUCCGGCAGCACCUGGUGAAUUCCAGCUGGGAAGCAGUGAAGGCUCUUUCUGCAGGAACUCUCCAAGCUGGGCCUGGGGAGUGACGUGGAGAUGGAGCUGCAGACUCUCCAGCUGCCUGUAGAUUACAGGGAAGUGAAGCAGAGCAUCACCAGAAUCUGGAAAGAUUUUCAACCAAAACUCGCUGUGCAUGUGGGUGUGGACACUUCGGCAAAGGCAAUUUUUCUAGAACAGUGUGGCAAGAACCAUGGCUACCAAGAUGGUGACCUCCGGGGCUUCCGGCCUGAGGGAGGUGUGUGCCUUCCAGGUGGUCCAGAAGUGAUCAUGUCAAGGAUCAAUAUGAAGAAAGUCUGCAAACAGAUUGCCAUUAAGGAUGUUGCAGUGGCCUUUUCUGGAGAUGCAGGCAGGUACGUCUGCGAUUACACAUACUACCUGUCUCUGCAUCAUGGAAACGGUCAUGCGGCACUCAUCCAUGUCCCUCCACUCUCACAUUGGUUCCCAGCCAGCCUGCUGGGAAAAGCCUUGCAAGUCAUCCUCCAGGAAAUGCUGGAAGCAAGUGGGAAAGCCCAAGCUCAAAGCCAGGAUUACAGAGAAUUGAGCCGCACUGAUUCCACCCAAAGGGAACCAGUUGGGGAAUGUCUCCUUCAGAGAAAAAUAAAUGUUCAGUCCUAUGUGUGAAGUUCAAGUGUGCCUUGAGAGGCUUUUAAAAUUGCUUAUAAAACAGUUUACACAGAAGGAAAAAAUUCCGAAUUAGCCCAACAAAAUCACAGAGUUAUUUUAUUGUCAGAAGAAAGAACUCUCUAAAAGGCAGAUGUUCCACAAGGGAUUAACUAGCUUCAGUUAUGGUUUUCCUGACAAUAAAAUGAAAUCCUAGUAAUUUUUUUUUCUCCUAAAAGACUGUACAGUAGGGCUGUGGGAUCCUGGUCAGGCUUGAGGACCACAAGGCCCUGGAAGAGCAGGUGUAGCUACUCCUUCAGGUGUAGUGUUUAUUUUCGGGUACCCAUUUUAAGAACUUUGAUGUGUAUGGUUUAGUGGUGUCCAGCACACCUCCCUUGUCCACCCACCACCACCACCAUCCAUCUCUAGGGCUUGCUCACCAUCCUGAACCAAGACUUUACUGCAUAUACAAGAACUACUUCUCCCUCAUCCUGACCUUUAGCAGCUACCAUUUUACCCUCCAUCUCUAUGCACUCAAUUAGGUGCCUAAGGAAAACAUUUGGCAUUUUGUGUUUCAUUUAUUACAACAUCCUCAAGUUUUGUUGCUGUUAUAAUCAAUGACAUGAUUUCAUUGUCUGUAAAGGCUAAAUAAUAUCCCAUUAUAUGUCCUUGCUGCAUAUGGCUUUUACUUCACCUAUGGAUGGACACUUGGGGGGCUUCCACCUUUUGGCUAUAGCUAAUAAUACUGCUAUGAAAAUUAGCCUCUGACUAUGUGUUCAAGUCCCUGAUUUCAGCUCUCUUGUGUAAAUGCCCAGAAUAAAC